AUGUAUCUGGCUAUUUGGCACUCGCCAAAGUCUCUGAAACAUUACUCGAUUCUUAUCAUUACCAGUACUACCACUGAUUUGUUGACAAGCGUCGGAGAGCUUUUCGGGCAAACAAGGUGAAUUUUUUUUAGAUAUUUGUUUUCAAUUUACUUUUUUUGUUUUCUUGCUUCGAGAAAGUUUUCAUCACUUUCUGAAGAUCCUCUUUCCUAUGGAACCAUCUGGUACCAGCAAGAACCAAUUGAAUCCUCGAAAUAUCGAUUUUUUUCGGUGUUAUAGUCAGAUCAGUCAUUUUAAAAUUCUAAAAAUUCUAUCUCGGCUCAAAAUGCUCAGAAUUGGGUAGAGUAAAGUUUUUUUAGUGUGUUUAAAAAAAGUCCUCUUACCUAAAAACCUGCAAAAACCUGAAAAUUGCUCAUCCUAUUCGAAAUUCUAGCCUGAAGCAUGAUAUUAAUAGUAAUUUCAAAAUCUUCCAGCUCUCAAUCCAUCAAAAAACAUUUGUUAACCAUUUGAAGCCAAAACUUUAUUUUUUUAUUUAGAAAAAGAGCACCGACCAUUUACGACGUUGGUAUCAUUUUUAGGGAAUUUCUGGCCUUUACAAACUUUUGCUCUUAAAAUACUCAUUUUUCAAUAAACCACCAUUUCAGAUUGAUCGUUUCGAGCUGGAAAGUUAUCGCUUUGGCAAGUUACGGGCCUUGUAAAUAUCUUGGAUCUUCAACUUGCUACAUAAGGUAGGUUUUUUGAGAUAAGUUCUUGAAAAUUUCAUUUUCGAGUCUUCAUAUAUAUUUCGAGUCAAACUAAUUUCAUACGGUCACUUUGAGCUGAAUAUUUUGUUAAUUGAAAAAAAUGCCAAAAGAAUUCUUAUGAAAAAGAAAGAUUCAAAUUUCAAAAUAGCCAAAUAAAGUUCAAAUUACUUUUUUUAAUUUUUCUGAUCUUUAUCAUUCUUCUAUGCACAGUUCAAUUUUUUUUAAGAAACGUUUUUCUGAAAUGAAGUCAUCCCGUUUUUUUUACCCCAUUACAAUAUUAGUUUCCAAUAUAAAAGCCCGAAAAAAUUAAAAGAUAACCAAAUGAACGUUCGAAACCGAAAAAUUAUUAUUUUUUUCCAUAAGUUUUUUCUUAAAAUGUUUCACUAUAUCUCCAUCAAACGAUGCAUCUUAAAAACCAAUUCCAGCCAAAUGAUCACCGCCCACUUUCUGAUGCACGAAAUCUACUUGCUGCUCGUUUCUUUCUGGUACCGCUACUUCAUUCUGAGAAACGGGGCUCCAUCGAAAAGCAGAAUCAUCAUUGUACUAAUCAUUGCCUACAUUCCAUCGUUUAUCCAAGGAGUGAGUCACGAGAAAAAAAAAUUGAGGUUCAUUGGGGCGAUAGAUGAUGAGUUACGUGAAUCGCACUUUGAAAAAAUAAUACAUUUUGUGUGAAUAAUGACACAACGUUGUAUCGUUUCUAGAAGUAAAAAAAAAUGCAAAAAAAACUAGAAAUCACAGAUUAUACUCAAUUUCUGAACUGAAUCAUUCAAAAAGAAGGAAUUUUAAGAAUUUUGGAAGAAGCUUUCCUUCAGCAGUUAUCUUUUAAACAAUGAAAUGAAUGAACUGAUAUUCGACCAACAAUCUAAGCUUCCAGAAACGUUUUUUUUUCCGGAAAAUAGUGCCUUUACUCCAUAAAAAACGGACAUUUCCAGGUUUCAGCUUCUUUCGCCGCCGACCCACCACAAGAUGUCCAAAAAAUCCUAAACUUCCUAUUUCCUCAUUAUAUUCUGAACGAAGUGAAUAUUAGCGGAAUUGUGGAUUUGUUGAAGCCACAGAUAAUAUUCAUGAUACUCAACAUGACGGUCGCGAUGAGCUGUAUUUAUGUCGCAAUGAUUUUGCUUCGUUCAAAAAUUCUGCGUAUUCUGGAGAAAAUGUCCAGUUUGUCGCGUGAAACCCGUCUCAUGCAUGAACAGCUUCUCAAGGUAACUUUUUUUUUUCGAAAAAUCUGUAGAUAAAAAAAUUUUUUAAAAAAAACCGAAGAUCUCUCUUUCUUUAGUAGCCGCGGGAAAAAUGAACAAGCGACUAUUUUUUUCUCAUCCAUUUACCCUCCCUGAAGAUGAACAGACAGAAAAAGCUGAGCGAAAACUUUCAAAAAAACUGUGAAGUUCAAAAUUAUCCUCUUUCUAUAUUUUGCGAUACUCUCUCACAAACAAAAAUCUUGAAUUCUCGAAAAAUCAGCCCUUUUAAGGCCCUAACCGUCCAAGCGCUUCUCCCGAUGCUGUUCCUGGUCGGCUCGACGUCGUUCCUGACCUCGAUGUUCGAUAUCUUUCACCACCCCUUGCUCGAGUACUCCAUAAUGGCCUCUGCCGGUACUAUCGCUUCUUUGUCCCCUCUAGCCACGAUUGUUUUUGUCAAACCUUAUAGAGCGUAUUUCAAACGUCAUUUCGUGAAAAAUAGCGAUGUCAGUCUGCCUCCGAGGUCUUUACGGUUCGGUAGCCUCCCUAUUUCUCGUAAUUUUAUUUAGUUCUGAAAUUUGGUUUUUUGUUGUUAGUCGCUCUUUUCGCGUUUGCCAAUUUUUUUCGAACUCAUGAUUUUUUUUUUUUUCAAAAUUUGUAUUGGAAGCCAAAUUUUUGGAUAAAAAAAUAAAUUUUUUUCGCCGAGAAGUUCUCUCCAAUAAACUUAUAAGGUUUUGGUCAUAUUUUUUUCAACCAAUUUGUCAGUUAAACCUUGAAACAAGUUCACGUAAUGAUAAACUUUCUCAAGAAAAUGUUUUUUUGUCUUAACUGUAAAAUAACUAUCUCAACGGGAAAGUUGUAGUUAAAAAAAUUUAUUUGCGGCUAAAAAAAUUAUAGAAGAAUUUUUUUCAAAAUUUCGAAGCUACUGUAACUUAUCCCCAGAGCUCAAAAUAGGUUUUUUUAAAGCUUUUUGCGAGCUGAUUCAAAUACCUGUUUUUUUAUCACAGCUCAUUUAAAUAUCAACUUUAAUUUUUAACUCCAGUUUAUGAAGCAAAUAAUCUUUGAACACUCCUCAAAAUUCGACUAUUUACUUUCUCCAACUUUGCUAAUAGAUAAAAAACUUCGAAAUGACUAUUUUCAAAAAUAGUUGGUGAAACUUGAUGCCUUGAAAAUUUUCACAACUAAAAUUCUCCACCCUGUACUUAUCUUCGAACCUCUUCCGCUGUUUUUCGAGCUUUUCCUUUUCAUUUCUUUCCUGUUUCCCAAAGGAUGACCCAUCUAAUUUACGGUCAAUGAAGAACCUGAUGAUUGAGCUUUGUUCGAUGGAUUUUAAAACGAGCCGAGUUCCAUCUCGGUGAGAAUGGAGUUCGAUGGCUCGUUCAUCUUCAAUUCUCAGCCGGUCCUCCUUGUUUUCGGGCUAUUUAUCAAUAGCCUAUUGUUGUACCUGGCCGCUUGCCAAACACCUGAGCCGAUGAAACGAUAUUCGAUUCUGAUUAUCGCGUUCGCUCUAUGUGAUUUGGGCACAAGUAUUGGCGAACUUGUUAGUCGUUCGAGGUGCGCAUCGUAAAAAAGAUCAAUAUUUUCGCCAUUUACGUAAUUUUUUUCAGAAUCGUCGUGUUUCCACGUACUCUCGCUGUGUUCAGCUCUGGAGUAUGUGCCUAUGCCGGCCCUACAGCUUGCUACAUUAGGUAAAUUUAUGAAACUGAGUAUCUUCUUACAGAAUCUUUUUUGUCUUUUACUUCUUGCUUUUUUCUAAUGCUUGUUUGCUCACAGAAAUCCAAACCAUCUACGAAAAACGGCUAAAAAUCCCACGUUAUAUGAAGACUUUUAGCCAAAGCAUCACGGCUCACUUUCUAAUCUACACCGUCUACCUUAUUUUCGUCUCCUUUGGCUACCGCUACUACGUCAUCUACUAUGGACCGAUGUCAGCUCGAACUAUUUUGAUAACCAUCGCUAUUUCCUACAUCCCUUCCUUUUUCCAAGUGGUAUUUAAUUUGAGUUUGACUUGAGAAAUGAACGAAUCCUCCACAGGUUAUCUAUUCCUUCGCUAGCGACGACCCCGAAGUCGUACUCGAAGUCGUGAAAAACCGAUUUCCUCACUACAACUUGACCGGCAUCGUCGUCAGCGGCAGCUUAGAUUAUUUCGAUCCCUGCGUUUCAGUUCUGAGCGUCCACAUGACCCUACCCAUUCCAUUCCUCUACACGGGCAUACUGUACCUUCGAAGGAAGGUUCUCUGGAAGUUAGAAAGUCUCUCGGAAAACAUGUCGAUCUACACAAAAAGCAUGCAUGAGCAACUGCUCAAGGUGAGCUUUCCAGGGAAAAGAUAUAUCCGACCUCAAAGGUUUUCAGGCCCUAACCUUCCAAGCGAUGCUGCCAGCCCUGUUCGCCAUCGGCUCGGGCUGUUUCGUGGUCGCUGCUCUCGACCUUUACCACCACCCAUUUUUGGAGCACAUGGUCUUGACCACCUGUUGCUUGACGCCAGCAAUUUCUCCACUUGGCUCGAUCUUCUUUAUCAGGCCUUACCGACAAUUCGUAACUCAUUGGUUCCAUCUCGGUAGCGUUGGUAUAGACACUCAGAUUAUCACAAAAACUAGUGAGACUCUCUGAAAUUUUUGAACUUUGAUCCGAGUUUACUAUGACAGAGUUUUCUCUUCCUUUCGAGCUUUUUCCAUCCAUAACAAUCCUUACUGGUAUCCUUGCCUCUCUGUUCCUCUCAGUCCGUUUUUUUUUCAUUUUCUAAAACUUCUUCAUUGUUAAUUGGAAAUUGCUUUUUGUUGUUCAAUAUUUCUGUUCCGUUGCGUCAGAUAAAGAUUUUUUUUCUAAUUUUUAGACGAUAAAGAACUUUCUGAGAAAAUUCAGUGAACUUGAAAGUUAUCUAAAUAACGCAAUUCAUAGAUUGAAAAUGAAAAAUUAAACAAAGAUUUUAUUUCAGUUUAAAUAAGAAAAAAAAGUUUCAAGCAUAAAAACGAGAAAUUCUUGAUUUUUACGCAAAUUUAUUUUUAUAGCUUAAAAUUACAUCUUUGACUCAAAAAAAAAAGAGUUUUCGUCCUUCUCUGAUCCAUCAAAAAUCGAGGAGACACAACACCUUGUUUCCGAGUUUAGAAAAACUCUUUGAAGGCAUACUUUUCCACCUGAAUCACAACAUUAGACAGGCCAAACAUCGUCAAUUAGCCUGUACCCUGUACUUAUCUCCGAACUGUUGAAUUUUUUUUUUGUUUUUUGAACAACUUCGCUUAUUUUUGCUUUGUGAAAUUUUUUUGAGGUGAUGACCAAAUAUUGAGCUUUGUCCACUAAAUGUCGAUUCAUUCAAAAAAUGGAGCUCGAUGGCUCGUUCAUCUUCGCCUUACAGCCAUUCCUACUUAUUUUUGGGCUUUUCGUGAAUUUACUUCAAUUAUACCUGGCCGCUUUUCAAACACCUGAGCCGAUGAAGCGAUAUGCGAUCCUGAUUUUUGCCUUCACUCUGACAGAUUUGAGUACAAGUAUUGGUGAACUUGUUGGUCGUUCCAGGUAAAAGUUGGAAAUUUUCUUGAAAAAUUAUUUAUUUUGGAACGUCAAGAGGGGCGUAAAAUGUGAAAAAAUAAGGUUUCGCGACGACCAUGAGGCUUUUGAAUAAAACUGAAAGGAUCAGAAAAUAAAGAAUGAAAUUACAGAAUCGUCGUUUUUCCCAACACACUUGCCGUCUUCAGUUCCGGUGUUUGUGCCAAUGCUGGCCCAGAAUUUUGCUAUUUGAGGUAAAUUCUUCAAAGUUAAACUCACCAAAAUUCCGUUAUAAAAAAUUUUGAGUAGAUCAAAACACUACUGUUUGGAAGUUAAGCAGACUACUAUCAGAAAUAAUCAGGACAAAAAUGCAGUUCAUUAAAAAACUCAAAUUUUGCUUUCAUACAGUAAACUUCAGAAUCUCAAAAGCUUAAAACUCAAAAAAAUUCAGCCAGAGCUUCACGGCCCACCUUUUGGUCUACACCGUUUACCUCAUGUUCGUCUCCUUCGCCUACCGCUACUACAUAAUCUAUCAUGGACCGAUGUCGGCCAGAAAAAUUGUGAUACUUAUCGCCGUCUCCUACAUUCCUUCUUUCAUUCAAAUGGUACCAACUCGGAAUAAACCCUCAAAAGUAAUUCGAAAAAAAAAAUUUAUUUUCCAGCUUGUCUACUGCUCAGCAGGGGACGAACCAGAACUUGUACUGGAAGCUGUCAAACAACGAUUUCCGCACUACAACUUGACUGGCAUCGUCGUCAGCGGCAAUCUCAAUUAUUUGAAGCCAUCCGUUCUUUAUAUGAGCGCCAACAUGACCAUUCCCAUACCGUUUCUCUACGCUGGCAUACUAUACUUUCGGAAGAAAGUUCUAUUGAAGCUGCAAAGUCUCACAGAAAACAUGUCGCUGUACACGAAAACCAUGCACGAACAACUGCUUAAGGUGAGAUUUGCACAAAUUCUUAGAAGCGUUGAAAGCAACAAUAUCCUACUUUUCAUAAAUCACUAUAUUCGAUGCCCCAAAUAAAGAAGAAUAACACCUGAAUAGUUAUUUCGCAAGCUUUAAAAGACGUCUUUUUCUAGGCCCUAACCUUCCAAGCCAUGCUCCCGGCCAUGUUCUCGAUCGGCACGACUUGUUUCGUCCUCGCCACAUUCGAUAUUGUCCACCACCCAUUUUUGGAGCAUUUGAUUCUGACGACGUGCUGCGUGACGCCGGCCGUUUCACCACUUGGCUCAAUAUUCUUCAUCAGACCAUAUCGGGAAUUUGUCACACAUUGGUUCAAGCCUCGUGGCAGCCAAGUUGACACAGAAACUCAUACGCAAACUAGUGAGACUUUAUAAAUUAAACACUACAUGAAAACAUGUGUUCACAGUUGUUUCAAAUUUUAUCUUUGUUCGUCUAUAGCUAUAUGUAUGUUAAAAACUGAUAUUAUUGUAAACAUUUUUCUCAAUUCUACCACUGAACGUUUGAUUAAUUUUUUUUGGACCCGUAAAAUGAAUAUUCACCCGCAAACUAACGGAGUUUCAAUAGAUUCAACGAAAACAGCUCUCCCAAUUCAAAGACCAAGAACUUGCAGAAAUUACGGCUCAAGUUAUAGAGUUAAUACUGCAAAAAUCGAAAGAAAAUAUAUAUUUUGAAAUGAAAUCAAAAGUCAUUUGAUAAAAUUUUCAGGCUUUGAAUUUGAAAACUAUUUCCAACUUUAAUAGCAAAUUUUCUCCUUUUUUUCCCUCGUCAUAACACACAAUUGAAGUUUGCAAAAACCUUAUUUUCGAUUUCUAUAACUAUGCGUUUCAACUCUAUCAAGAUGAAGAAAUGGUAAAAAGAAAAAUGAAAAAUUAAAUCCUUCUUAAUACUCAAAAAAAUAUACAUUUUAAAUUUUUCGUAAAAACUCAAAAUUUGAUUUACAAGAGAGUGCAAAAUUCUCCAUCUUCUUUCUAAAAAAAAAUAUGCGUUCUUCAAUAAUCGAAAAAUCAUAUGAAAUGACUCAAACCAGAGAUGACUACGAUUGUUAUGCAAUAGAAAAAAAAAUGACGAGCUACUUCGUUUCUCGGUAAUAAUUCUGAUAAUUCACACUGCACUUAAAAGUGAACUUUUCUCACUUUUUCAAAUCGUUUCCACGUGUUUUCGUUUCACGGACUUUGUUUUGCUUGGUGACCAAUUCUCUACAUGGCAAUUGAGUCUUUCGGUGAUUGAGAUUUUGUUCGAUGAAAAACAUAACAAUUUAGUGCAUUUUGUCAAAGUCUAGUGGCGAAUGGAGCUUGACGGCUCUUUCAUCUUCGCCCUACAGCCAGUUUUAGUUAUUUUUGGGUUCUUCCUGAACUCUUUUCAAUUGUACUUGGCUAUUUUCAAAACACCAGAACCAUUGAGAAGAUAUUCGAUUCUGAUCAUCGCCUUCGCUCUCACGGACAUCGGGACAAGUGUUGGCGAGAUGGUCGGGCGCACCAGGUAAACACUAACCCUCAACUCGGUAUGAUACAUAAUGUAUUAUUUGUACCUUUUACGUAGCGAAGUGGGGUGACUUCAAAAGUUUCCGAAUUUGAUUGUGUGGUUUUUUGAGAGGAACUCUACUGAUAAGUAGAAUUAUCAGUAGAGUUCCUCUCAAAAAACCACACAAUCAGUUUCGGAGACGUUUGAAGUCACUCCACUUCCCUACGCAAAAAGUCAAGCAUAUUAAAACUUGGGUAUUUGAAAGGUAACCGCCAGAAAAACAGUUAUGAAAAAGUUGGGCAGACCAAAAGUAGUUUACGAAAAAAAAGCUAACCAAAAAAAAAAGUAGAAUAAAAAAAGGUAAGCCGACUUAAAGUAGUUACUUGAGAGUUAGGCAGGCCAAACUGAUACUCAAAGAAGUAUAUCUGAACAAAAAGCGUUUGAGCCAAAACAGCUAACUUUUUGAUUUGCAAAAAGAGAUAAAAUUUGCGAGAUAAAGCUACCCUUGACAAAUGUAUGUUAAUUUCAAAAAACCCAUUGCUACUGUCAUAACCAAAUUUUCCAGAAUGGUUGCAUCUCCUCAAGCUCUGGGCAUGGUCAGUAUUGGUUUGUGCACUUACGGAGGUCCCAUUUCUUGCUACAUUUGGUACGAAAAAAAUCACAAAGGAAUCAUAAUAACAGAAAAAACUCAGGCAAAGCAUUACGGGGCAUUUUUUAAUUUACUCAGUCUAUCUGAUGUUCGUCUCAUUUGGCUAUCGUUAUUAUGUUAUUUAUCAUGGCCCAACUUCAGUCAAGGCGAUUCUAAUGAGUAUUGGAAUAUCUUACAUUCCAUCUUUCAUUCAAGUGGUGAAAUUUUCGAAUAAAGUAGAAUAAUUGCAGUUCUAUCUCAGGUAGUCCACUGCCUCGCGAUGGACGACCCAGAACUGGUCCGCCAAGCAGUUCAACGCCGGUUUCCUCAAUAUAACUUGACUAAUACUGUUGUCAGCGGCAAUCUCGACUAUUCCAACCCAGCUGUCCUCUAUGUAAGCAUCCAUAUGACGUGCACAUCUCCAUUUCUCUACGCCGGAAUACUCUACUUCAGGAGAAAGGUCCUCCAAAAGUUGGACAGCCUAUCUGGCAGUUUGUCGAGCCAAACAAAAAGUAUGCACGAACAACUGCUGAAGGUGAAUCAUUAGCUCAUUUUUGUUUCUUUCUGAUCUCUACCUUCUCAAAAAAGAUCAGUUUUUUUCAGGCUUUGACCUUCCAAGCAAUGCUCCCGGCUUUAUUCGCCAUCGGCUCCGGUUCUUUUGGCAUCGCCGCACUUGAUAUUGCUCACAACCUAUUUUUGGAACACUUAGUUCUGUCUUCGUGUUGUGCUUCACCAGCUCUAUCCCCACUCGGCUCAAUAUUAUUUAUCAGACCAUACCGCAAUUUCGUCACACACCGACUUCUACGUCGUCGUUCCAGCCAUAUCGAGUCGAACUUGAAAACGAUUGAGAUAUAUUGA